CACAUCAUGACUUCCCAGGACGUCACGCUAGACGAUGGCAAAGACAGCGACUAUGGCUCCGAGUUUGGAACAGACGACGAAGCAACAAUUUCAGUCCUCCUUACGCAAGCCGCGUCGCAGCCUCCCACAUCGAUAAGCAACCAUGCUGAAGUCUUGCCGGGUACUCCCACUUUGUCGCCAUUCGCCAGAGGCACGCGGCGCAAAUAUGUCGACGACGAGGGCACUAUCUUCGAGAUGGUCUCGCGCGACGGCCCUGUCGGUGAGGCUUCAAUUGAGAUCGAAGACGACGAGCACAACCGCCUCGCUUUCUCNCCUUGCUGUUCGCAUACGCGCUUCACAGCUCGUCCUGACGCUGCUCGCCUGUCCGUUCCGUCCCGCGAAGUAGAUGCCGAACCUGAACAACCAAAUCCUCUGGACACGCGAUCACCAAUUGAACGAUUUCGUACGCCUCCGAAGAAGCCUCUAUCUGUCACCGACAUCAUAUCUCCUGCCUGGUGCGAACUACAGUACUGGUACAGCUUGACCAAAUAUGGACGGGUCCGCCGAACAGCCGCCAUGAAGCAGGGCUCCUCAGUACACAAGGUUCUGGAAGAGCAAGCUGCUACAGUCUUACCCGUCGACACGAUACGACUGCUGGUUGAGAGAAUUCUACAGGAAGAGCUGAAGGCUGUCGUGCCGGUCGAGACGGUGAAUCAAGUGGUACAAAAGGCUUUGGAACAAGAGAAACGGACAGCAGUGCCUCUGGACGUUGUUGGAGGCCUGGUACACCAAGUUUUGGAGAAGGGCAAACUCGAGCCUGUCGCUGUCAACACUGUCAGCGAGUCGGUGCACAAAGUCACAGGUGCACAGGUCCAAAAGGCGAUCACUGUCGAAGUCGAGACCAAGGAAGAUGCUUUCGGCUUGCGAAUCUGGAAUACAAUACAAAAUCUGCGCACCCUGAGAACAACCGGACAGGCUCGUGAAUUUGAGACCUGGGCCAUCAUCGAAGGUCAAGUUGUUAAUGGUAUCAUUGACGAGCUCAGUUAUGAAUGUCCUGACGAGGAGUUUGAAGCGGGUCUAGUUCAGCAAAAGGAAACAAAGCCCAAAAGAGGAAUAUCGAAGAAGCAAAAGGUCACUUCCGAGAACCAGUCCAAUCUGGACGCUUUCUUCAGCGGCUCUCAAACAACCGAAAGCAGUGACACUGCAUGGCUGGGAAGUCCUCAUGCCAAUCGCAGAAUCUACAUCAAGGACGUAAAGACUCGUGGUUCNAAAAGUAUGCCCAAGGGAGAGGCAUCAUUCCGACCUACCUCGAUGCAACUGAUGAUGUACCACCGUAUGCUUUCUUUACUCGCCUCGAAUUCGGUACCAGCUGAGCAAGUUUUUGCUCGCUACGCCCUCGACAGUAGUGUUGCUUUCAGCGACAUGUUUGUUGCCCAGCUAGGCAGCAUCGAGUCAGAUGCCCAAAUCGCAGCGGCUGAGCAGGCAGAGAUGCCAGUACAAGACACGAUCGAUGAGUUACUUGCUCACAACAGCCUCGAGAAACUCUGGACGUUGAUGAUCUCGGAAUUUCAGCUUGCGAUACCAUUCUCCAACAAGCCAUCAACGCCAUCAUCCAUCGGUGAUGUUCUCAUGGCCGAAUACAGAGCGUCUGGUAGCGGCUCCGUGAUAGGAUCGAAAACCUUUGCCUACGAUCCCGAUGUCCUAGACGCUUACUUAAAGAAAACAAUGGCUUGGUGGAACGGCGAACGGAUGCCGAAAGGCGUAGAGAUUGAAGAGGCUUUCAAGUGUCGAAUGUGCGAGUUUGCCGAAGUGUGCGGCUGGCGCAAAGACAAGGUUGAGGAAGGCAUUCGUAAAGCCAGACUUCGGAACCAAGGCAAGAAGAAGAGCGACGUUUGA